UCUAGAAAAGAUGUCCUACCAGAAUCAGCAGCAGUGCAAACAGCCUUGCCAGCCACCUCCUAUUUGGUCACAGCCUUGCCAGCCUAAGUGUCCAGAGCCGUGUCCUUCUAGGUGCCCAGAGCCAUGCCAGCCUAAGUGCUCUGAGCCAUGUCCUCCCAGGUGUCCAGAGCCAUGCCAGCCUAAGUGCCCUGAGCCAUGCCCUCCUAGGUGCCCUGAGCCAUGCCAACCUAAGUGCCCUGAACCAUGCCACCCUAAGUGCCCUGAGCCAUGCCCUCCUAGGUGCCCAGAGCCAUGUCCUCCUAGGUGUCCAGAGCCAUGCCAGCCUAAGUGCCCUGAGCCAUGCCCUCCUAGGUGCCCUGAGCCAUGCCAGCCUAAGUGCCCUGAGCCAUGUCCUCCUAAGUGCCCAGAGCCAUGUCCUCCUAGGUGUCCAGAGCCAUGCCAGCCUAAGUGCCCUGAGCCAUGCCCUCCUAGGUGCCCUGAGCCAUGCGCUCCUAGAUGCCCUGAGCCAUGCCAGCCUAAGUGCCCUGAGUCAUGUCCUCCUAAGUGUCCAGAGCCAUGUCCUCCUAAGUGCCCUGAGCCAUGCCCUCCUAGGUGCCCUGAACCAUGCCCUCCUAGGUGCCCUGAGCCAUGCCCUCCUAAGUGCCCUGGGCCAUGCCCUCCUAGGUGCCCUGAGCCAUGCCAGCCUAAGUGCUCUGAGCCAUGUCCUGCUAGGUGCCCUGAGCCAUGCCCACCACAACAGUGCCAGCAGAAAUGUCCUUCAUGUCCUCCAUCUUGUCAGAAGUAGUACUUCUUGCUGGAGGUGAAGUAUACUGUCACAUGCUGGCAGUACCAUGAAACAUGGAGCAUGAGCAAAGGCUUGAGCUCCUCUUUUCCCCCUCUGAACGUCCUUGUUUUGCCCUGGAUGGAGUCCCUGGAAGAAGAACCUUUGUUCCUGGAGCUACAAUCAUCUCAGAAACAAGACUUCCACCCCUCUCCUCCUUGCCAGUCCCCUCUCCCCACCUUCUUGGAUGAAAGAUGCCAGAGAAAGGAUCGAUCUACUCACUACAAGCCUCCUGGAACUUCAUGGGAACGUCCAUCCUCAGGGACCACUCUCCGGCUCCCUGCCUCUGCAUGAGCUCUUCUCUGUGCUGUGACUGGGGAGGGUGGUCUCCAUCCCUGGGCCCUUAUAACUCUUCCCACUGCCCCAAAUAAAGCAUAUGUUUCA